UUCGAAAAAGAUUCUAAUUUUUUAAUGCCUGUAACUACAAGACGUGCGACAAAAUAUCCCAAUUGUCAACAAACUGAAUCGCUUGCAAAUAUUCGAAGUAAAGAUAUUACGCCAAACAGAAACUUACGAGGUGUUAAAAAGGGACGAAAUGUUGUUAAAGAAAGAAGAGGAAAAAGGUCUUCAUCAAAAUCCUUAGUGUCGAUUACUAGCUCUAAAAGAGACGGCCGGAUAACCUCGCGAAGACGUGAUUUAAAGCAGAUCGAUGGAGAAAUCCUUGGGAAGAGAGUGAUGAUGAAUUGGAUCAACCGAAAGGAUGGAAUCGGGCAUCUUUCUCAGCUUCUGAACCUGAUGAUGAGAGUUCUGCUGCCUACUCCGGUUAACGGGGUCAGUGAGGAUAAUAUGUCAACUGUUUCUGAUGUUGAUUCUGCUACACAAGAUGUGUCAGAAGCCACUUGCUCACAAACUCCACCUGAUAUGUUUUGCCCGUGGUUGGAAUUUCCACCUGAGAGAAUCCCUGCAUUAGAAUUGCCUGGAGCCAGCAUGGACCUUCUUAUUGAUAGCGAUCAUAUCUUACAUACUUUAGAGGUUAUCUAUCUGUCUAAACUCCUUGGAGAAAUUCAUAUUGCUUUUUUGCGUUUAUUUUUCUCUGAAGAGGAACAAGAAAAAACUACAUUUUCUGUUUUUGAUACAAAUCUUUCUUUUAACGUUGUACUGCAAUUACUCGACCAUAUGAACUAUGCUGAAGUUUUGAGACUGUAUUUGGAAAGUGAUCCAAAUUUUCCAGCAGAAGUCUUAAAAAUUUUGGAAGAGGGAAAAUAUCCAUUUGUAGCUAUGGAUAAACGUUUAGUCGUUCUCAAAUGGAUGUGUGAUCGGUUUUUUGAGACAACCAUAUUUAAACAAUUAGUUCGCGAUGAAGGAAAAAUUAAGCAUGACCAACAUUGUCGUUAUUGUGCAAAAUCUUGUAUUGGCUCUCACGAAUCACAACAAACCUCAAUAGAAUGUUCUGGCUGUGAUGCAAUUUAUCAUUUUAAUUGUACAGAAUCUUCUUUUGGUCCGCCUGAGUUAAACGAGAAAUGGCUUUGCUCUGUUUGUAUUAAACACCAAUUAACUGGUUCAACUGAUUGUAUCUUACCUGGUCAGACUACUCUAAGGAAGUUGCCACUUGGUUAUGAUCGCAAAGGUCGUAUUUAUUGGUUCCUUGUUAGAAGGGUUUUUAUUCAUGAUCCAUUUAUUAAUGAAAUUUAUUAUUACUCAACUUUGCCUCAACUUUUUGAUCUUUGUGCUGUUCUUGACCCUAAUUAUUAUGAAAAGAGGUUAUGUCAAACGCUUUGCGAAUGUUUGCCUCACAUUGCUGUUCAAAUGCAUAUUACCCUUGAACUGACAGAAGAACGGCGUAGGUUAUUACAAACCAAAUCGCCUAAGCCAGUUGUUGAUGCAUAUUUACAGGUUUUAUUUAAUAAAUUGACCUUCUGA